AUGAUGCAUUUAGAACAGGUUCAAGGCAAUGUGGUUGGGCGGCCGCCAACACUUGUUGGGGUUUUUAGACUCUUGUUGUCGUUUACAAUUUUCUUUGAACAUGUCGAGGGAAUUCGUAACGUCUGUUCGUAUCUAUCUAUCUAUCUAUCUGCUCAUCUAUGUAUUUGUCUAAGCGUGUUCAUAUCUAUCUUUCUACCUAUCUAUUUCUUUUCACUAUCUAUUUAUCUGUCUAUCUAUCUAUCUAUCGAAGUCUGUUCAUAUCUAUCUAUCUAUCUAUCUAUCUAUCGAAGUUUGUUCAUAUCUAUCUAUCUAUCUAUCGAAAUCCCAAUAUGGUUUUAUGUCUUUUUUUUUUCUUUUUUUUUUGUUUUUGUUUUUGGGCUUUUUACUUAUUUAUUUAUAAUACGGGACAUUCAGUGGCUCGUGCGUUGGAUCAUUCACCGGGACGCCAUUUUAUUUUUCGCCUUCUUUUUUUUAUUUCUUUCUUCGUAUUUUUCUUCUUUCUUUUUUUCUUUCUUCUUCCUCUUCUUUUUGUUCAUUAGCUUUAUUUCAUUCUUCUUUCACUUUAUAAACUUUCCAUUAAACACGUUAUCAUUUUUUUCACCUCUUUUCUUUCUUUCUUUCUUUCUUUCUAUUUUAAUUCUUUUCAUCUUAUUCGUUUUUAUUAUUAUUCCUUUGCUUCUUCUUUCUUUUUUAUUUCAUUCCUUUAUUUUCCUUCUAUCAAUCUAUUUUUAUUCUCGUAUUAUUCAUUUCUCUUUCAUUUUCCAUCUUUGA